ACUGGAAGAGAAAGGCGCUUCCUGCCAACAGCAGCUCCGGAGGACAGUGCCAUGCUCCUCUCCAUCCUUGUAACUUUGUGCCUGUGGCUGCGCCUGGCGCUGGGCGUGCGCGGCGCGCCUUGUGAGGCUGUGCGCAUACCCAUGUGCCGGCACAUGCCCUGGAACAUCACUAGGAUGCCCAAUCACCUGCACCACAGCACGCAGGAGAACGCCAUCCUGGCCAUCGAGCAGUACGAGGAACUGGUGGAUGUGAACUGCAGCUCGGUACUGCGCUUCUUUCUCUGCGCCAUGUAUGCACCCAUCUGUACGCUGGAGUUCCUACACGACCCCAUCAAGCCCUGCAAGUCUGUGUGCCAGCAAGCACGCGAUGACUGCGAGCCCCUCAUGAAGAUGUACAACCACAGCUGGCCAGAGAGCCUGGCCUGCGACGAGCUGCCGGUCUAUGACCGUGGAGUGUGCAUCUCGCCUGAAGCCAUAGUCACUGAUCUUCCAGAAGAUGUGAAGUGGAUAGACAUAACACCAGAUAUGAUGAUGCAGGAAAGACCCUUUGAUGCUGACUGUAAACGCCUGAGCCCUGAUCGGUGCAAGUGCAAAAAGGUGAAGCCAACUUUGGCAACAUACCUGAGCAAAAACUACAGCUAUGUUAUUCAUGCCAAAAUCAAAGCAAUCCAGAGGAGUGGUUGCAAUGAAGUAACAACAGUGGUGGAUGUAAAAGAGAUCUUCAAGUCUUCCUCACCCAUACCUCGAACACAAGUUCCCCUCAUCACAAAUUCCUCCUGCCAGUGUCCGCAUAUCCUGCCCCAUCAAGAUGUCCUCAUCAUGUGUUAUGAGUGGCGUUCAAGGAUGAUGCUUCUUGAAAACUGUUUAGUUGAAAAAUGGAGAGAUCAACUUAGUCGAAGGUCCAUACAGUGGGAAGAGAGGCUCCGUGAACAGCAGAAGACAGUUCGAGACAAGAAGCAAACAGCCAGCCGCACCAGUCGCAGUAACCCCCCCAAGCCAAAGGGAAAGCCACCCGUUCCCAAAACUGCCAGCCCUAAGAAGAAUGUCAAAGCAAGAAGUGCCCCCAAAAAACCAAACCCAAAGAGAAGUACAAGCUAAUUUCUUCCUGAAAUGGAGCCACACAUACAGGGUAAUAAGGUACUGCCCAGGACAGCCUACAGGAGGCCGCACACCACUUGCCGUGAGGACUCACUGCAGUUCUCUUCAUAGACACACCUUGCAGCACUUUUUAAAAUGAU